AUGUCAAACAAGGGCAGGUCGCCUGCGAGGGAGUCUGCCUCGCCCUCCUCCCCUGCAGGUCCUAGGGGGGCUAUCAAUGGGGAUGCCGACAAUGCAGAGGAUUUUUCCGAUAUUGUUGGCCUCUCCCCUACGGGGCGUUGUGCCACCAUGUGCAUCUUUGGAUGCAUUUCCAUAAUGGGAUGCCGUUCCUCAGUAGUUCGUCGGCUUUCGUUCUAUCCACCCUUUCCUGCUGGAUACUCGUUGGAGGAUGGACAGUUGUACAUUCAAGACUCCAUCCACGGGGGACCCGCCGGGGGAGUGGUCCGGACCGCAGGGAGUGAGCAAUUAAAACAGCGGCCGAAGCCGCAGGAGGGCCAGGAGAGUAUUCAACAACUGCUGGCUCGCAACCACCUACCAGAGAGAGUGAAGGUUUGUUUUAUCCGGAAGGCCAGGCGAAAGCAGCUGGCUGCAGUGCUCCUUUGGAGCACCGCAGGGGUCCCCAGCAGCUGCAACUCUGAGGAGGAGAAAAUGCAGUUUGCCCUCAGCAACAGACCCCUUGUCAUCUUCUCACAUGGAAACAGCACGGAUAUCGGAUUCAUGUUCGGGCUUCACUACAGAAUGUGCUUCCGCUGUCACGUGAAUGUUUUGGCCUACGAUUACUCGGGCUACGGGUGGAGCGACGGGCGGGCAUCCGAGGCUGCGCUGUACAGCGAUAUACGCGCUGUUUUCCAAUACGCAGUGAAGCAGCUCUCUGUUCCACCGCAAAAAAUCAUUUUGUACGGCCACAGCGUAGGCUCAGGGCCGAGCUGCGACUUUGCGGCGAAGAAGAAGGGCCAGCCUCUCGGAGGACUUAUUCUUCAUUCUCCGAUUUCAUCCGGGUUGCGACUGUUCAUUAGUGAUAUCGACAAGGCACCUUGGUUUGAUGCCUUUCAAAAUGCGGAGAAACUGCGGAAAGUCCACGACGUGCCAAUGCUUCUUAUUCAUGGGCAGCUGGAUAGGCAGGUCCCGUUCACUCACGCCUUGAAGCUGGAGGCUUCUUGCAGAGAGGCGGAUGCCAUGCGGGCGACUCGUAUGCACAGCAACAAGAGCUGUUGUCUGCCAGUAACUUCCAUGGGAUACAUGAAAGCCUUAAGCUCUGAGCCAUUGACUCCUCGGAACACGGAGCUGCACCACCAGCGCGUGCAGACGUGGUGGGUUGAGAAUGCCGACCACAACGACAUCGAGCACAAAGCAGGGGAUGAGUAUUAUGUGCGGAUAUCUGCAUUCGUCGAUUUCUGUGCCAAGUGGCAUUCACAGUGCGAUUCAACCACUCGCUGA